UACUAUGACAUAAUAAGUGGCAGGCUCCUUUGUAACUGUGAUGCUGCCCUCUCUUGACCUCGAUAGAUUGCACGCUUCACCAGCACUGCAAAGAUGGCGGCCGCGGGGAUGAAUCGAUUUGUGGAGAUCCCCCUCCGUGAUACGGACGAGGUGAUUGAGUUGGAUUUGGACCAGCUACCAGAGGGGGAAGAGGUACUGAGUAUCCUGAAGCAGGAGAAUGCCCCGCUACACACAUGGCUGGCCCUCGGGCUGGAGUACUACAAGCAGAACCAGGUGGACGACUUCAUCAAGAUCUUCGCCUCCUGGCAGUCGGACGCCAACCUGGACUACGGGGGCAACGAGAAGGACCAGAUGACGGCCUUGGACACACUGGCGGCAUACUACGUCCAGCAGGCGCGCAAGGAGAAGAACAAGGACUCCAAGAAGGACCUGUUCACCCAGGCCACGUUGCUGUACACCAUGGCCGACAAGAUCAUCAUGUACGACCAGAACCACUUGCUUGGUAGAGCCUGUUUCUGCCUGCUGGAGGGCGACAAGAUGGACCAGGCCGACGCCCAGUUCAACUUCGUCCUCAACCAAUCGCAGAACAACAUCCCUGCGUUACUGGGGAAAGCCUGCAUAUCCUUCAACAAGAAAGACUAUCGCGGUGCCCUGGCAUUCUACAAGAAGGCACUCCGAACCAACCCAGGCUGCCCAGCGGCCGUCCGUCUAGGCAUGGGUCACUGCUUCAAUAAGCUGAACCGGCCAGAGAAGGCCCGGCUGGCGUUCGAGCGGGCCCUGGAGCUGGACCCCAAGUGCGUCGGAGCCAUCGUGGGCCUGGCCAUCCUGGAGAUCAACAGCAAGGCCGCCGACUCCAUCCGGACCGGGGUGCAACUCCUGUCCAAGGCCUACACGAUCGACUCCAGCAACCCUAUGGUGCUCAACCAUCUGGCCAACCAUUUCUUCUUCAAAAAGGAUUACACCAAGGUUCAGCAUCUGGCCCUGCACGCCUUCCACGGCACAGACAAUGAAGCCAUACAGGCUGAGAGCUGCUACCAGCUGGCUAGGGCAUUCCAUGUGCAGAACGAUUAUGACCAGGCUUUUCAGUACUACUACCAGGCUACCCAGUUUGCAUCCACUGCCUUUGUGCUGCCGCACUUUGGCCUGGGACAGAUGUACAUACACCGCGGCGACAGCGAAAACGCUGCCCAAUGCUUUGAGAAGGUCCUGAAGGCCCAGCCAGGCAACUAUGAGACCAUGAAGAUCCUGGGCUCUCUCUACGCCACCUCCCUGGACGAGACCAAGAGAGAAACGGCCAAAGGUCACCUCCAGAAAGUCGUUGAUGAGUUUCCCGACGAUGUGGAAGCGUGGAUCGAGCUCGCUCAGAUCCUAGAACUCACAGACGUACAGGGGGCACUGGCAGCUUAUGGAACAGCCACCCGUAUCCUCAAGGAGAAGGUGCAGGCAGACGUGCCGCCGGAGAUUCUCAACAACGUCGGCGCUCUGCAUUUCCGUCUUGGAAACCAAGAAGACGCAAAGCGUUACUACGAAGCCUCCCUCCUCCAUUCCAAGUCGGAAGCCGAGCACGACGAGACAUACUACGGUGCCAUCUCGGUCUCGGUCUCCUACAACCUGGCCCGUCUCUACGAGAGCAUGUUCCAGUUUGACAAGGCCGAGAAACUGUACAAGGACGUGCUCAGGGAACAUCCGAACUAUGUGGACUGUUAUCUUCGGCUUGGAUGCAUGGCACGUGACCGGGGCCAGAUCUAUGAAGCCUCGGAUUGGUUCAAGGAAGCUCUGCAGAUCAAUCAGGACCAUCCUGAUGCCUGGUCCCUGAUCGGCAACCUCCAUCUGGCCAAACAGGAGUGGGGGCCCGGCCAGAAGAAGUUUGAGAGGAUCCUGAAGCAGCCGGCCACCCAGAACGACUCCUACUCCUUGCUGUCGCUGGGCAACGUGUGGCUGCAGACGCUGUAUCAACCCACAAGGGACAAAGAGAAGGAAAAGCGUCACCAGGACCGGGCCCUGGCCAUGUACAAGCAGGUCCUGCGCAACGACGGUCGCAACCUGUACGCAGCCAACGGCAUCGGGGCCAUCUUGGCCAUGAAGGGCUACAUCAGGGAGUCCAGGGACGUCUUCUCGCAGGUUCGUGAAGCCACAGCAGACAUGUGUGACGUGUGGCUGAACCUGGCCCACAUCUACGUAGAACAGAGGCAGUACAUCAGUGCCAUCCAAAUGUACGAGAACUGCAUCAAGAAGUUUUUCAAGCAUCACAACACGGAGGUGCUGACCUACCUAGCCAGGGCCUACCUCAAGGCCGGUAAACUCAAGGAAUGCAAGCAGUGUCUGCUCAAGGCUCGACGAGUGGCGCCCCAUGACUCGUUGAUCCUGUACAACAUCGCCCUCGUGCUGCAGCGUAUCGCCAUGGCGGUGCUGAAAGAUGAGAAGAGCAAUCUCAAGACAGUCUUGAGCGCCGUCUCGGAGCUGGAGACGGCGCAGCGGUACUUCACUUACCUCAGCAAGCAUGGAGACAGGAUGCGAUUCGAUCUGGCCCAGGCCGUAGCUGAGGCUAGGCAAUGCUCUGACUUGCUGAGCCAGGCUCAGUACCACGUGGCCAGAGCGCGGAGACAGGACGAAGAGGAACGAAUGCUAAGACAACGCCAAGACCAAGAGAGAGACACACUUCGGCAGAAACAACUUGACGAACAGCUCGCUAAGCAACAGGCGGUGGAGGAGCGCAGCAAAGCACUGAUGGAGAAGCGGGCUCAGUUCAUUGAGAAGACCAAGAGCAUCUUGGUGGUCAGCAAUGAGCCGGAACCCUCCCGAAAAUCUGGUGGCGGUGGCCGAAGAAAGAAAACGCGAGCAGAGGUUUCCAGCGAGGGCAGCGACAGCGAGAUGGAAACAGGAGAAGGCAAACCCAAGAAGAAACGCAGGAAGCAACGCAGCGACGAGGAAGGCGAUAGCGAGGGCAGACCGAAAGCCAAGAGACGAAGAUCUCGCAAGAAGGGCGAAGGGGAGGCACCCCGCAAGCGCAGGGAGCGCAAGCAAGACGAGGGCGGCCCCAAGAAGCGACGACACUUCUACAGCGAAGCCAAGAUUGAGGAGAAACCGGGCAAGUUCAAAUCCAAGGCCAUCGUCUCGUCCAGCGAGUCGGACUCAGACGGAGAGAGACUGCGCAUCGACGACGCCAGUGACAAGGAGGAACCUAGAAAAAGCAAACCUGCUCCUUUCAAAAGCCGCAGUCGCAUCCGUCGCAUCGACUCCGACUCGGAUUCGGACUCAGACGACAAUCGAUCCGACCGACAGGGCUCCGAGGCUGAGGCGAAUGAUCAAGCAUCUGAAUCGGAGUCCGAGGCCGAGCGGAGGCCCAGGAAACGCAAAGCGCUCCAGUCGGAUAGCGAUGAGGAGUCUGAAGGAAAAGGGUCAGGUAGCGAGCAUCAGAAGUCUGGUAGCGAGGGCCAGAAGUCUGAGUCCGAGAACGAAGAGGCGGGCUCGGGAGAGGAAGGAGCAGAAUCAGGUGGUGAAAGGGCGGAGUCAGGCAGCGAAAGGGCGGAGUCUGGCGGUGAAGGGGCGGAGUCAGGCAGCGAAGGGGCGGAGUCCGGUGGUGAAAGGGUGGAGUCUGGUGAUGAAGGGGGGCAGUCUGGUGAUGAAGGGGGGCAGUCUGGUGGUGAAGAGGCAGAGUCUGGUGGUGAAGGGGCGGAGUCUGGUGGUGAAGAGGCAGAGUCUGGUGGUGAAGGGGCGGAGUCUGGUGGUGAAGGGGCGGAGUCUGGUGGUGAAGGGGCAGAGUCUGGUGGUGAAGGGGGAGAGUCUGGUGGUGAAGAAGCUGGCUCUGGUGGUGAAGGGGAGGAGUCAGAUUUGGAAGGAGACAGAGGUUCAGAAGAUGCGCAGUCAGGAAGUGAGGUGGCAGAGUCUGGCGGGGAAGGGGAGGGGUCUGGUGGUGAAGAGGCGGGGUCAGGUGAAGAGGCGGAGUCAGCCGGGGAGGAGGCAGAGUCAGGAGGAGGGGCCUCAGAGAAAGAGGGUGGAGUGAGUGAUGAUGAAAGCGACUAGAAACCCCCAUUAAAAUCAGCCAAAUUUGAACAUCUGUACUCUUAAGCAUCAACAAAACAUCACUAUUUAUUUGACAUCAACACCACAAAAGACAAUCUUUGGUCAUGUUUACAUAGUGAAAGACAUUUUUUUUUAAAGACAUUUGUGCGUUUAAAUACCACUUUUAAAAUACAAUUCUCUUUUAAAGUUUAAAUAUUUCCCUAAUGUUCUGAAUAUUUUUGUUAUCUAGGGCCUCAGAAUACAGUAGGCAAUUAUUCCCCUGAACGUGCAAGAAAGAUCAGUGAAUGUUUCAGAAGCUGUAAAAAUGUGUUUUGUUUUUUUUCAAACUAAAACAAAGAAACAUUUCUCCACAGAAGUCGUCUUUGCACUUUUGUAAAUUCAUGUGUCAUUGGAUUUUUUUUACGUUUGGUUAAAAAAAAAGCUUAUUGAAUUCUCUGUUUUUACAUUAAGCUUUCAUUGAACAGUGAGCCGAUAUAUCCACUGGACUUGCUGUCACAUGCUAAUUGGCUAAUGCGCCUUGAAGCAACUGAUCCGCCAUGUUGGAUCCCUCAAAUGUCUUCCCCAGAUAUACAUAAAUAUCUUCCAGCAGUUGUUGGUUUAUUUCCACACUAAAAAACAACUCCGCUAAUGAUAAAUGAAUCUUUGGAUUUUGGCCAGUCCCAGGAAUAGGGUUGCUUAAAUCUCAAAAUCCUGUCAGAGGUUACAAUUUUUAUUUUUGCUGCCUGAACUAUCUGUUAAAAACAAAAAAAUUGUGGUUUGCUGCGCGUGCGUGACCCAAGAUAGCGGCAGCUUCAGUGCUUGGGCAUUGUCGGCCAGUCCAGCUAGUAUAGAGGCCAGUGGAUAUAUCUGAUUGAGGAUCAACGU